UUACUUAAAAAUGGUUUACCUUAAAAGCAUCUGCAUAGAUGUGAUAAACAAAUGCAUAGGUGUAUAUAUGUUAUUGUACAAAUUUACAAUGCGGGACGCCCAGAUAAAUUCAGGAAAAGGAGAAGAGAGAGGCUGUUGCGCUUAUUACUACCGUGGAUACGCAGUGAUAUAAAUUAACUUUACAGCGGCUAUGUGAUGUUUGCAAUCAUAAUUCUGAAAUUUUCAAUUUCAGACAUUCUCGUAAAUUUCCUUCCAGCGAGAGAAAGAAAACGGAGGAUUGUUUGUGGAAGUAUGGUUUCGCAAUGUUCAAAAAAGCGGAAGAUCGUCCAUCGUCAAAUACUUCAAAGAAAUCUACGUUGAGUACUGGAAAUAAAAUUAAGAGUAGAAUUCCAACAACUCACUUCGGACGAAAUGGCAUGCAAGGCGACUCGAUGAGUCAUCCAACGUACGAGGAGACUUCCAGCGGGAUUAGCUCCAACAACUCCGCUCGUCGACCAAGCACGAAGACCCUGAGUAUGUUGCCGUCUAGAAAGCCGACGAACGCGGUCCCCGCGGAGAAGCGUCAGCUGGAAAUACAAUACAGUUCAAAAAGAAUGCGAUACACGAAUCUGAAAAAGACGCUCGUCGAUAAGCAAAAAAUCGCGCAAGAUCUGUAUGACGAGAUGUCGAAUCUGCGGGAGAAGAUAAUCGCGGCCGGCGGCAAGGAUCCGGGCAAGAUCGAGGAGCUAAGAUCGCCUCAAGUGGAGUGCCCCAAGCAAAGCUCGCCGACGCCGAUCGAGACAAGCUCGCGACACGACUGCGCCGAGCAGCGAGAGCCAAUCUGCAUGGACGAGUCGGUGAUAAUCGGUGUGUCGCUGUUGCAAGAUCAGCUGCAGAAUCUCUGCGACCGCUCCCAAGAGAUCUGCCAACGCGCUCUGGACAAGAGCUCGUCGUUCGCGUCCCUCGUCAAGUCCUGGCUGACAGAAUCGAGUCGACAGGACGAGGUGGGCAACGUGCUGGUGGAUUAUUCAGAGGUGGACGCGCAGCGGGCGAACUUCACGCGAGACAACGAGGAGAUGAGAACGCAGCUGGACGAUCUGAGGACGGUCCAGAAGGACUUCCUCGCCGAAUUCGCGAUGAGAUCCUCGAGUCUGCGUAGCGAAUACGACAAUUAUCGCGGGCGUGUGAAGGAGGAUAGGCCGAAUGUCGAUCGCGGGGACCUGCUGCAGGAGCAGUUGAGCGUCGCGCUGGAGGAGCUCAAGGCGGAGCGUGACAAGGCGAAUCAAGGGAAGGACAGGACGAGAACGAUGGAGCUGCAGAUGCAAAAGGCGCGGGCGAAGAUUCGCGAGCUGGAGGGGCACGUGGCUAACGAGGAGGUAAAAUCGCAACAGCUGCAGAAGUCACUGGAGGCUCAGUUGAAGCAAAAGGACCAGGCAAUGGAGCUGAGAAUGAAGGAUAUCCACAAGGCGAUGAAGAGCAGCGAGGGCCUCAUGGCGAAGAUGGAGAAGCAGCGCGACAGCUUCGAGUCACGGAUGCUGGAGCUCAAAGAAAAGAUGGUUCGCAAGGAAACGGAAGCAAAUGCUACUAUUAAAGAGUUAUCGGUAAAAUUUGAAACGAACGAACGAAAUUUGAACGCAGAGUUGGUAGAAGAGAGAGAAAAAAGACAAGAAGCCGAAAAUGCUCUAAUUGAAAUGGAAGAACGUUGUAAACAUCUUGAAGAGAAGAGCCAGCUGCUCUGCGAUCUCGCGAGUGAGAAGAGCAAUAAUAUUGCUGUCACAGCUUCAGAUAAUAAUCACACGGAGAACGAGGUUUGCUUGUAUAACGAUCUCAUGGCGGCCCGAGCCGAGCUAGAAAGACAGAGGGAAAAGAUCGAGCAACUCGAGAGGGAGAAGCAAGAAAUUGUCGCUGUGAUGCAUCAGGCGGCCAGCCAUGAUAACGAAGACGAGACGAAGGAUAGGCUGGCUGCCGAACUCGUAGCCAAGACUAAUGAUCUUCAGAACCUGAUGCUGGAGCACGCUCGGGUUCAGAAGAUUGUUAGAUUCGAGCAAGAGAGAAAUGAGGUGCUGGAGAACGACUUAGCCGAGAUUCAGCAUCGCCUUCAGGCGAGAUUGAAAGAAAAUGGCAAAGCCCAGGGACUUGACACGAUGGAGCUUCAGCAGCAGAUUAGCGACUUGCGGAACAGCUUGGCCGAGGCUAUUCAGCAGAACCAAGAGCUAGAGACCACCCUGACGCAGAAGCAACUAGAAUUGGAGCAGCGCGAUCGAGUGAUGCGCGAACAAAGCAAAUUCCUCAAAGUCCGGGACGAGCUGUUAAGCCUUCUUAAAGGGAAGCAGGCAAACGCGGCAAAUCCUAACGAAAACUACGAAGAUAUCGAUGAAAUCAACAAGCAGAUUGCGGCAAAGACGGAGGCAAUCCAGGAAUUGUACAUCACGCUAGAGGGCAAGCAGAUGCAAGUGAUGCGACUGGAAAAGCUGGUGAAGCUGCUGGAGGAUCAGCAGGAUCGCGCACAGGCACAACGCACGCGACUCGAGCAUCGCAUUGCGCAACUGGAAGUGAGCUUGCGGGAGAAAAGUAAAAACGAUAGCAACCGGUAUGUCAUGAGGAAGUAUUUGCGUAAACCUCGAUCGAGCAUCGUCAACGAUAGAUUGUCGCGCGCUUUUUCUUGCGAGUCGAACCGAGCGUUACUAGAAACGCCGUAUCAAUACUUUUCGCGUCACGUCCCACCCACGAAGAGUUCGGAUCCUCCGCCGAGAAAAUUUCAUCUUAACGACUGGUACCGUAUUUCGUCCGAUAAGGAAAAGGCUUUCAUUUGCGAGCAAUGCCGGCGGGAAGUUAAUGAGAAAUUCAGGGAUGACGUAAUCCAUCACGUUGGAAAUCGUCGCAUUCGGGGAUCUCUUUACGGUUGGUUGAUGGAUUCCACGGCUUUAGAAGCCCUCGGCGAGCCAAGGAGUCGCUUAAACAAAUUUCACGGCGAGCUCAGCUCUGAGGAAGACGCGAAUUGUUUCUACGGGAUCGUUAAUCCUAUUGUGGUUCAUGAUAAAGCGAGGGAUUGUAACAGGGAAUCACGUCGUUAUCGCGAACAACAUUAUUGUCGAUAUCGCGGUCGUCUGCCGAGGCGGUCUUUUCAUGACGUCUCUCUUCGAUGUAAUCCGAUUAUUCGCGCGACGUAAUACCAUUAUUUCUCAUACAGUUCAUGCAUUACAAUGAGGCUUAUUGCAUCUAUGUUAUAAUUAAUCAUUUCAUCCUGUUGUGUCGGUUUGAAUAGAAAACUUCUUGAGAGAUCAUAC